AUGGACAGAGAGCUCUACAGCAUUCUGGUGAUCCUUCUCUGUCGCGAUCCAGUGGAGUCUAUGAAGGUUAUGGCCUUGUGGCUCUGGCUGGAGAAGUUGGGGUUUCGAAAUGUUGUGAAGAGGAUGCUGGCUUUACCUCUCAUCUUGAUCAAUGAACUAGCAGAUGAGACAGUCACUUGCCUCAAUGCCAUCAAUGGAACCCUUUUCUCCUACUUAUCCGAAAGCUAUGACAUUCCACUCCUACAAGCCUUCAUGACCAGAGAAAUUUCUGUACACUUCUUCUAUGAACACCGCCUGGUUGCUGCCAUGGGUAUCGCCGAAGUUGGCAGGGAUGUGUGCGUCAAAGCUUUAAGUGACAUCAUGGCACAUGCCAUUGAAAGAAAUAACCUUGCUUAUCAGAACGCAACAGCAGCAAAUCAAAGCCAGGGGAUGCUAUCACCUUCCAAUAUUCGCCAACAGCCACCGCCGGUGAGAAGAAACGAGGUGCCACCACAGGAUAGGACCAUGUUUGUCACAUUCUCUAAGGGGUACCCAGUUCAUGAGUUUGAGGUGAUACAGUUCUUUACUAGACUUUGUGGAGAUUGCAUUGAGUCUUUGCAGAUGCAGGAAGUGCAGCCUUUUGAGCAAGCACUGUAUGCGAGAAUUGUGUUUUAUUCUGCUAAUACUGUUGAAGCCAUACUCAAUGGUAUGAGCAAGGCAAAGUUCACCAUAAAUGGGAAGCAUGUAUGGGUGAGAAAAUAUGUGGCAAGACGCACAAGGGCUCCUUCGGUUCCACCCAUGAUGUGGCCUCAAAACCUUUGA